AUGGCUCCCUCAACUGUCACCGUGGCUGUUCAGUCACGGGGGAAACCCAUCAGGAAGCUCCCCAAGGAGGUUCAGCUUUCUCCGGAUGAGCCAACCCAGAAGCUCUAUGAACAACUAGCCAAAGCUUCCGGUUACUCCAUUCAUCGUCUGCGAAUCACUAAAGCUGCCGACCGGGCCUUGGUUCCAAAUUCCAAGGACAGCACUAUUGAGCAGAAUGGACUGAAUGAGAAGACAGUCCUCCAUGUGAAGGACCUGGGUCCCCAGAUCAGCUGGCGCACUGUGUUCAUCAUCGAAUAUCUCGGCCCACUCCUGAUCCCAGCUCUUUUCCUCUACCCGCUCCGCCCGUACCUCUACUAUAAUUUCGACAAAAUUCCAGAGCCAACUGACAUCCAGCGUCUUGUAUGCGCACUACUGUUCCUCCACUUCCUAAAGCGCGAGUAUGAAACCGUCUUCGUUCACCGAUUCAGCAAUGCCACGAUGCCGGCGCGCAACAUCGUCAAGAACAGCGGUCACUAUUGGAUCCUAGCCGGCUGCAACAUCGCCUACUGGGUCUUCCGGCCUGAUUCAGCUGCAGCAACGGCGCGCGCCAGCCCGGCCCUUGUGUACACCGGUCUCGGCCUCUACGUGUUCGGAGAGUUGGCGAACUUCAACACUCACCUGGUGCUGCGUGAUCUCCGCCGCCCAGGCUCCACUGAACGGGGCAUUCCUCGCGGAUUUGGAUUCGGCGCUGUGACCUGCCCCAACUACUUCUUUGAGGUUGUCUCUUGGGUUGGCGUUUACCUUGUCAGUGGGCUGAACUGGAGCGUCCUAUUCUUCAUUGCUGUCGCCGCUGCGCCGAUGGCUUUGUGGGCCAAGAAGAAGGAGCGUCGCUACCGCAAGGAGUUUGGCGACAAGUACAAGCGCAAGAGAUACGUCAUGAUUCCUGGUCUGGUCUAG